CAUUGCCCACCACCCACCUACCCCCAGCAGGAAGAGUACAAGAUUUCCUGGGUUGGGCAGGAGUGUUCAGCAACUGUGCGGGUGGGGGCUAGGGGUGGAGGAGGCUUCUUUUGUCCCCGAGGAUCACUGGCAGGAGCCUCCAAACUUUCUGCACAGUGAGACCUCUCUGAGACCAGAGAGAGCAGUGCCAAAGUUGAUCUGAGUGUGGGUCAAGGAUGGGUAGGGCGCACCACUCCUGGGGCUGCUGCUGGCCUCCAGUGGGGGUACUAGUGGCCUUUGCUGCCGGGCUCUGGGCUGGUGGCAUGGCCAGCGAGUAUGACUAUGUGAGCUUCCAGUCGGACAUCGGCUCCUACCAGAGCGGGCGAUUCUAUACCAAGCCCCCUCAAUGUGUGGACAUCCCAGUGGACCUGCGGCUGUGCCACAAUGUUGGUUACAAGAAGAUGGUAUUGCCCAACCUGCUGGAGCAUGAAACGAUGGCCGAAGUGAAGCAGCAGGCAAGCAGCUGGGUGCCCCUGCUCAACAAAAAUUGUCACAUCGGCACCCAGGUCUUCCUCUGCUCUCUCUUUGCCCCGGUCUGCCUGGACCGGCCCAUUUAUCCAUGCCGCUGGCUCUGCGAGGCUGUGCGGGACUCCUGUGAGCCCGUCAUGCAGUUCUUUGGCUUCUACUGGCCAGAGAUGCUUAAGUGUGACAAGUUCCCAGAGGGAGACGUCUGCAUUGCUAUGACCCCUCCAAACACCACGGAGGCCUCCAAGCCUCAAGGUACAGCUGUGUGUCCACCUUGUGAUAAUGAGAUGAAAUCUGAAGCCAUCAUAGAGCAUCUCUGUGCCAGCGAGUUUGCACUGAGGAUGAAAAUAAAAGAAGUGAAAAAAGAAAAUGGAGACAAAAAGAUUAUCCCCAAGAAGAAGAAGCCACUGAAAUUAGGACCCAUCAAGAAGAAGGAACUGAAGAAACUCGUCCUAUACUUAAAGAAUGGGGCUGACUGCCCUUGUCACCAGCUGGAUAAUCUCAAUAAUCAUUUCCUCAUCAUGGGGCGGAAAGUGAAGGCCCAGUACUUGCUGACGGCCAUCCACAAGUGGGACAAGAAAAACAAAGAAUUCAAAAACUUCUUGAAGAAAAUGAAAAAUCAUGAAUGCCCCACAUUUCAAUCAGUUUUCAAAUGAUUCCCUCCCAAAGGGUGGG